UGCACGCGCGCGCCGCCCGCCGCCUAAUAGUCAUCGAUGACCGCGACGUCGCGCUCGGACCGAGCCGCGGCGGAUCACAGUGCGCGGAGCCGAGGUGGAGUCCGCGCCGAGCGCCCGAAAGUGCAGCGCGCGCCCGGCUGAUCCACGGCCGCGGGCCGAGCUUUCCUCGAGCCACGCCGGCCCACCCGAUGCGCGGCGUUUCGCCAUGAGCAUCGUCAUAGCAAAUGGCUGCGAGGCGAUAAACAUUAUUCUGGAGACUACGGUGAUACUGAAUUUUCCAGCGAGCAAAGAGCCGAACCACGGGUCGGAGCGCCUUGGCGAGCCGACGCACUCGAACCAACGCUCGGACCGUCGGAAACUCAUACCAAGACUGUACAACAACUGGCAGCGCUGCCCGCACUGCACUUACAAGUCUAGGUUCUUGGGAAAUCUUAACAAUCAUGUUAAAUCAUGGCACUCUCGUGGUCGCAAGCGCAAGGGGAAAUUCGAGUGGCACGAGUACUACCAGUGCGCGCACUGCCAAUACGAGAGCAGGAACAAGCAGCCGCUGCAGAACCACAUGAUGGCCAGGCACUGCGAGCAGGUGAACAAAGAGUGCCCCAAGUGCCACGUGAUCCUGAAGAACCAGAUGUGCUUGAAUUCGCACUUGCAGUACUGCGGGAAAGCGGCCGAUCACAGGUGCGAGCACUGCCCCUUCAGGACUCGGUACAAAAACCACUUGAAGAGGCACUUGGCCAACGUUCACACCGACAACCGUUCCAUUGAGUGCCCCAACAGAUGUGGCUCGGUGCUGAAGAACAAGGAGAGCCUGCGCGGACACCUGAACUUCUGCGGGAGCGAGCUGUUCAGCGUGCAGUGCCGCUACUGCUCCUUCCGACCCAAGCGAAAGAACCUGCUGCAGCUGCACGUGGCGAGGGCCCACAACGACCUCAGCAACAUCACGAACCAGUGCCCCAAGUGCACCAAGAAGUUCAAGAAGAAGGCCUACCUGAAGAAGCACGUUCCGAUUUGCGACUCCAAGCGGGUGUUCCAGUGCGCCGCCUGCUCCUACACGUUCCACAAGAAAGCUCUGCUGGAGAAGCACAUUCUACAGAAGCACCUCCAUCGCUCGGCCAACGACAAGUUCGCGCCGUAUUCCCAUUGUCCGCGAUGCCACACGGGCUUCAAGCACCAAACGGACCUGUCCGAGCACCUGGUCCGCUGCGGCCACGAGGUCCGCUUCCAGUGCUACCACUGCCCCUUCAAGACGCAAAUCAAGGACCAGCUGAAGAACCACAUCCUGUGCGCGCACAUCGAGAGCAACGAGUUUUACCAGAUCAACAUGAGGAACUACAUCGAGAGCCCGGCGUUCGUCGACGUGCCGUUUCAUCGACUGUGAGGCCUGCGUCGCGCGAUCCCAAAUCUGCCAAAGCUUCACGGCCGCGAGAGUACGAAGCGAUGCAACGAUCGCUCGAACGAUCAGCGUGUUGUUACUUUGCGUAACAAUUGACGCAAGCGAGGCGAGGAGACCAGAUCGCUCGUCGUCACCGGGCGCAAUGUUUCGUUUCUGCGCGUGCUUCACAAGUCGGCGCGUCGGGUCGACUCGACAGGCCCCCACGGGGAUUGUCGAGGCGACGCCCUUACUUUCGAACAGCAAGCAACGCGAUAAUCCUCUCUCUCUCUCUCUCUCUCUCUCCCUCUCUUUCCUGCUGGGGAACGGCAAUUGCGAAUGACAGUUUGGCUCGCACAUUCGCUCGAGUGAACGUUGUUGCUUUAUUACGACAACCGACUACG